AUGGCGCCUCUAGAAGAGAAAACCAGCGUGGUUGAAAAGAAAGGCGACAGCGAAACAGAUGCAAAAAAGAAAGGAGACUCAACGAAGAAUGAAUUGUCUGAAGAGGACAAGGCUUUGCAGGAAGAGUUGGAAACAGCCGUGGAGCAGCUAGAGAGUACCGACGCAGGAAAAUGGGAGAACGCACUUGAACUGUUAAGGUCAAAAUUGAGAGAGUCUACGAACUCAAUGACUUCUGUUCCAAAGCCGAUGAAGUUUUUGAUGCCACACUUCGAUAAGUUGAAAGAUACUAUUUACAACAAAAUGACACCAGAGAAGAAUCAAAAGCUUUGCGCUGAUGUUGUGUCAGUGAUGUCCAUGGUGUGUUCUGAGAAAAACGAUUGUUUGAAAUUUCGAAAACUUGGAUCACAAGAAGACAUCGGCUCGUGGGGUCACGAAUACGUACUUCACGUUUCUUCCGAAGUCGGUGACGAAUGGUCAUCUGACGAUACAGACGACGAAAAGAGGGCGCUUUUGAAGGAAAUUGUGGACGAUAUUGUACCAUACUUUAUGAAGCAUAAUGCUGAAUCCGAUGCCUGCGAUAUUUUGAUGGAAACUGAGUGCUUAGAUGAUUUAGUGUCACAUACAGAUGAAAACACCUACAAUCGUGUUUGUCUUUAUUUGACCAGUUGCGUCAAGUAUGUAGCAGAGCCAGAGAAUACUAAUUUGCUGAAGUGCGCCUAUAAAAUAUAUAGAAAAUUUGACAAACUACCUGAUGCCAUGCGCUUGUCAAUGUGUUUAAAUGAUACGCCGUUGAUGAUUGAUGUUCUUGAGUCGGCUCCUAGUACGAAAAUGCAAAAGCAGCUGUGUUUUAUGCUUGGAAGACAGCAGAUUUAUCUGGAGCUGGAAACUAUGAAUUUGACCCUUGAUGAGACUGACAUCGAUGAACUGAAAGAAAUCAUGACCAACGGAAAACUAAAUGGAAAUUUCUUUGCAUUGGCUCGUGAGCUCGACAUUAUGGAGCCAAAGCUACCUGCUGAUAUUUACAAGGCGCAUUUGGAAACGAACAAAUAUUUUAACACGGGCAAUCAGCCGGACUCGGCUAGACAGAAUUUGGCUUCAUCAUUUGUGAAUGGGUUCAUCAACUGUGGCUUUGGGUCGGACAAACUGCUGCUGCCAGAGGACGCUGGCAACAAGUGGAUUUACAAAAACAAAGAGCACGGCAUGAUGAGCGCAACUGCUAGUUUGGGGUGUCUGCUGCUAUGGGAUGUGGACGGAGGUCUGACCAAGAUAGACAAGUACCUCUAUUCGACUGACGACUACAUCAAAUCGGGCGCCCUACUCGCUUGUGGAAUCGUCAGUUCGGGUAUCAUGAAUGAAUGCGAACCAGCCCUGGCUCUGCUAUCGGACUACGUUCUCAGUAACAACAUGCAGCUCAGAAUCUGCUCAUGUUUUGGACUCGGCCUGGCCUACUGUGGAUCAAACAGAGAUGACGUUUUGGAUCUCAUCAAGCCAGUGCUCACUGACAAGAAGAGCACUCCAGAAGUGAUGGGCGUGGCUGGCAUUGCUCUGGGCAUGAUCUCUGUGGGACAUGCUAAUGCAUCAGUGUCCGAGUGCAUAUUGGCGUUCUUGAUGGAGAAAACGGACAAGGAGCUCGCGAAUAGUUUCAUGUUGUUCCUGGCACUUGCUCUUGGUCUGAACUACCUUGGACUUCAAGAAGAGUCUGAAGCGACGAUUGCAGCCUUGGAAGUUGUCAAAUAUCAGAGCGAGAUGUUCCAGAAAGUUGCUGCUCUUUUGUUGGAAAUAUGUUCCUACGCUACUACUGGUAAUGUACUCAAGAUCCAGAAGUUGCUGCAUAUUUGCUCCGAGUCUGCGCAACCAGAGGAAAAAAGCGAGGAGAAACCUGCUGGCCAGGGAUCUAGCCAGGGCUCGGAAAAGAAAGCAGAUAAGAAAGACGACAAGAGUUCAUCAUCGAAGGAUGAUAAAAGCAAAAAGGAGAAGGAAAAAGAUGAUUCCGGAAGUAAAAUUGACCCCGGACUAUAUCACUCAGUUGCAACUUUGGGACUGGCUAUCAUCGCAAACGGGGAGGACAUCGGAUCCGAAAUGGCCACUCGGACAUUCGGGCACCUCUUGAGAUACGGAGAGACAUCAAUCAGAAAAGCAGUACCUCUGGCUUUGGCUAUGUUGUCGCCCAGCAAUCCACAGUUACCUGUACUUGACACUCUUAGUAAGUUCUCACAUGACACUGACGCAGAGGUGUCUGCAAACUCAAUUCUGGCAAUGGGUAUACUUGGCUGUGGAACGAACAAUGCUCGACUGGCUCUGAUGUUGAGACAGCUGGCCCAGUAUUACGCGAAAGACGCCAACAAUCUGUUUAUGACCAGGAUUAGUCAAGGACUCACUCACAUGGGAAAGGGAACCCUGACUAUAAACGCGUUCCACUGCGACAGACUCCUUUGCAGUAAUACCGCACUUGCAGGUGUGAUGACCUUGCUGGUAUCUUGCCUGAAUGUGAAGGAAACAAUUUUGGGAGAGGCGCACUACCUUCUCUACAGCAUAGUGCCCGCCAUCCAGCCCAGAAUGCUGACCACUUUCGACGAAAACUUGAACCCACUUCCAGUGUCUGUCAGAGUCGGCCAAGCAGUUGAUGUUGUAGGCCAGGCAGGAAAGCCAAAAACCAUUACUGGGUUUCAGACUCAUACUACCCCUGUGCUUCUCAAUAUCGGGGAAAGGGCAGAGUUAGCUACGGACGAGUACAGACCCCUCACACCUUUCCUCGAGGGAUUUGUGAUCCUUGAGAAAAAUCCGGACUACAAGGAGUAGUUAAUCAUAAGAACAAUAUAAUAGAGACUGUCUUGUUUGCUACUGCUGGUGGUAAUUUUCGCCAUAAUUUAAAAACGUUGAUGCAAAAAUUAAAGAAAAUCUAUCGUUUUAAGUGAAUUUCUAUCAAAAAGUAAAACAAAAUUCCGAUGCUGCGAUGUUUGGUUACCGGCAGUAGAUUCAGAAAUUUGAACCAUUGAUAGUCUUAUCAAUGAUGCAAUACUGUGAUGAUGCCGAUUAUUUGUGGUAAUGAAUUCUGGAAGAGUGAACUAUUGCUGAACUGUGGUGAGAUCUGAGAUAUAAUUAAUUACUGUGUAAAGUUUUAGAAAGUUGUUUUGUUGAAAUUGACACAAAUUUCUCAUA